AAUUUCUCAAAUCAGUGAAAAAAAUGGCUAAUCCCUCUGGUUUUCUCCUGACCAUUUCCCUAGUCCUCGCAACUCCAAUCAUUGCCUUGUCAACCGUCGACGCAAGUGGUGAGCACAACCUGAGCUUGGUGCCGAACAAGUCUGGCUGCCAGGGCUCGAUGGCUGAAUGCAUGGGUAACGAUGAGUUUAACGUAGAUUCCGAGAUUAGCAGCAGGUGCAUGUUGCAAACCACCCCAUCCAUAAGUUAUGGAGCUCUUGAGAAGAACACCGUGCCAUGCUCUCGAAGGGGUGUAUCCAACGAGAACUGUCAACCAAGAGCAGAAGCUAACCCUUACAACCGAGGCUGCAGCGAAAUUACUCGUUGCCGUGGUUAA